AUGGCUUUGCUCAUAAGCCCCGUCCUCGCCCUACCACCUCGGUUCGACAGGACAGAGGACUGGUGCUGUUGCAACGACGGCUGCAGGACACACGACCUGUCACUGGUCACCACCUCUGUACCAGACGCGGUCCCAUCCACUGUCCGGGAAACUACUUCAAAACAGCCCACGGCUUGCUGCGGUGCCGAGUGCGGCAACAGGCUCUGCGGCAACCGGCUCAAUAGGUGCUGUCAAGCAAUCACCUCUGUUUCAGUUGCUGCGUCGACGUCAACAACUGCGACUGCGACUGCGACUGCGACUUCCGGCACAGGCGGCAUGGCCACUUUCGUCGGCUUCUUGAUCGAAUUCCUGAACGCAGUUUGA